ACUUCCCCUCCUUGCGGCUGACAGUAUUUUCGGCAUGGCUGACGGUCUGUUAGCGGAGUCGCUUCUUCAGCGGGUGGAGAAGGCAGACGGCGGCAUAGACAGCCAGGAUGUCGCGGCUAAUCUCGGCGUGGAGCACCAGCUUGUGGUCGGGGCCGUGAAGAGCUUGCAGUCCCUUGGGGAGGUGAUUUCCGCGGAGCAGCGCUCGUCCAAGCACUGGGAGCUGACGGAAGAGGGCAAGGAGAUUGCCGGGGAGGGCAGCCAUGAGGCGCGGGUGUUUGCUGCCAUACCAACCGAGGGCAUGCCCCAGAGUCAGCUCAUGAAACUCCCCAGCGGGAAGGUGGGCUUCAGCAAGGCCAUGUCCAACAAGUGGAUCCGUCUGGACAAGAACGCCGAGGGAGGCCCCCGCAUCUUCAGAGCGGUGGAGAGUAUUGAAGAUGCCGUGCAGGAGCGCCUCCUGCUGGUGCAGCGGGGCCAGGCGGACAGGCUGGAGGAGAAGGAGAAGAAUGAGCUCAAGAAGAGGAAGCUACUGAUGGAAGUGACGGUCAAGUCCUACUGGAUCACCAAGGGCAGCGCCUUCAGCACAAGGGUGUCCAGGCAGGAGACGGAGCUCACGCCCGAGAUGAUCGCCAGUGGCUCCUGGCGUGACAAGUCAUUCAAGCCCUACAACUUUGAGGCAAUGGGUAUCAUCCCAGACUGUGGACACCUGCACCCUCUCCUGAAGGUGCGCACCCAGUUCAGACAGAUCUUCCUGGAGAUGGGGUUCACGGAGAUGCCGACCAACAACUUCAUCGAGAGCUCCUUCUGGAACUUUGAUGCCCUUUUCCAACCCCAGCAGCACCCUGCCCGUGACCAACAUGAUACCUUCUUCCUGUCGGACCCGGCUCUGGCGCACGAGUUCCCACAGGAUUACCUGGAGAGAGUCCGCAAGGUCCACUCGGAGGGGGGCUUCGGCUCGCAGGGAUACAAGUACGACUGGAAGAUCGAGGAGGCGCAGAAGAACAUCCUGCGGACGCACACGACGGCCGUGAGCGCUCGCAUGUUGUACCGCCUUUCUCAGCAGGAGGUUUUCACUCCGGUGAAGUAUUUCUCCAUUGACCGUGUCUUCCGGAACGAGACGUUGGAUGCCACUCACCUGGCAGAGUUCCAUCAGAUCGAGGGGGUGGUGGCUGACUAUGGGCUAACCCUGGGUGACCUUAUGGGCAUUCUUCACCAGUUCUUCACCAAACUGGGGAUCACCAAACUGCGCUUCAAGCCAGCCUACAAUCCCUACACUGAGCCCAGCAUGGAGGUCUUCAGCUACCAUGAAGGCCUGAAGAAGUGGGUGGAAGUGGGUAACUCAGGGGUUUUCCGACCAGAGAUGCUGCUCCCAAUGGGGCUCCCUGAGGGAGUCUCCGUCAUUGCUUGGGGCCUGUCGCUGGAAAGGUAAGA